AAUCCAACCACGCGACCACCGACCGAUUGAACCAACUUGCGUCUCUCAAGAACGAGCGCCGUUCAUUCUUCUUCUCUGCCUUUCGUUCUUGAUACCACGUUUUCGCUUUCUCAAUUACUUCUGUUCUAAUACCACCACCACCACAACAACAACAAUGGCCUCUCCGCGCGCUUCAUCCCCGACAGCCGGCAGCGGCGCCGGCAGCGGCCCCUCGGGGGGGGGCGCCAGCAGCACGGGCAGCGCGGUGCGGCCGUCGUCGCCGCCGCCGCCGGGCGGGGCGCGCACGGCGAUCCGGCGGCGGGCGGCGGCCGACCAGAAGGAGAGGAUCGCCAACGCGCGGCCCAACAGCACGCGCGCGGCCGGCGCCGGCGGCUCCAGCAGCACCAUGCUCCGCCUCUACACGGACGAGAGCCCCGGGCUCAAGGUCGACCCGGUCGUGGUCCUGGUGCUCAGCCUGGUCUUCAUCUUUAGCGUCGUUGCUCUGCAUAUCAUUGCCAAGAUCACCCGCAAGUUCUCGAGCUAGAUUCCGAGCUAGAUUCCGAGCUAGAGUGCGAGGGUUCAAGUGCGGGGCAAGCUCGCUCGCAGCAAAGGCACUGCUCUCUACGUCGACGGCCGAGGGAGGACAAGAUUGCCCCCUCCAACCUCCCCAACCCAAAACAGCCUUUGGCGAGCGACGAAGAAGAAUACGGGGAGGCAACGACGGGUAGGGCUGGCACGGGACGGCACAAAUCAUCUUGCGGUAUCGGGCAUUCGGGGUUCCGGGGGGAAUUGUGUCGUCCAUAAUUUGUGUUUUUUUUUUUUUUUUCGGGGGCGCGUGUUGGGUUUCUAGAUACCUGGGGCAAACCAAGUCGGGAGGUACAGCAAAGGCUUGAAAAGAGAUGUGAGAUCCGACGACCUGAUCGUGCUUGUUCUCUACCCGCCUCGCGGUCCAUAGUCACAAUGGGUCGCUCUGAUUGGUGUACGAUAUCAUUCAAUGGACUGUUCUGGGAAUGCAGGGCUCUUUCGGG